CCUCAAAAGAUCGUGCGGUUUAUCAUCCAUCCGACGGACAUCAGAGCAAAAGACAUAUCACUAAGGAGAUCGAUACGGAUCAAAAAGAGAGAAAAUGUUUUAACAUUUUAUUGAAGAUAUAAACAGAAAUCUUAACCGCAAAAUUACCCAGUAUCUACACCAUUCUAAUCUUUCCAGUUUCAUGAUGAAAUGUUCCGAAUAGCCUGUUAUCCAAGAAAAAUAAUUACGUUUUUUGAUGAAAUUUUUGAUUGAUAUAUUUAGUUUCCAGCAAGUGACUUCAAAAGUAACCCUUAAAUUUUAUCUACUUCCUGAACGUAUCAAACCUCAGUAAUUUCGGCCUACGGUAGAGCAGUUGCAAAAUUUCACCACCUUGCCAAAUCGACAUUUUCAUUUAUUGAACAACAAAUGCCAAUGCAAUGAUAACGACGUGACGGCCAGAAAAUCUGCCCGUGAAUUUAUAGUGGUUGAAGAGGACCACGAUAAUGCCGGCAGGUAAAUUUGGAAACUGGAAAUUACAUCUCGUGAGGCAUUCUACAGAUGAUGUAUUUUUGAAGGAGGCGCGAAGGUUACCCGAGGCAGCCUCGUUGGCCGGAGCUGAUCGUGAGGAUGCAUAAGCGGAAAUCCUCGUCGGGAAACAUGACGUCGAGCUCGAAGAAGUUGAGCCCGCGGGACUCGGAGGUGAACGCGCUGGAGCAGCGAGGUUACCUCAUCGGCAAGAAAAUCGGGCAAGGCUCGUACGCCACCGUCCACAUCGCCGACUACGUGGACAAAGCAUCCCCGAAGAAGAUGCGCCUCGCUUGCAAGAUCUUCGACAAGGACAAGGCCCCCCGCGACUUCCUCAACAAAUUCUUCCCCCGCGAGCUCGAGAUCUUGACCAAAAUCGAGAAUCCCCACAUCAUACAGGUUCACAGCAUUCUCCAGCGAGGGUCGAGAGUCUUCAUUUUCAUGCGCUAUGCGGAUAACGGCGACCUCCUGGACUUCGUGAAAAAGAAUGGCGUGGUGCCCGAAUCCAACGCGAAGAUGUGGUUCAGACAAAUGGCCAGUGGUUUGCAAUACCUACACAGCAACAAUAUCGCCCACAGGGAUCUCAAAUGUGAAAACAUCCUGCUAUCCCGACGGUACAAUGUCAAGCUGGCUGACUUCGGCUUUGCAAGGUAUUGCUGCGAUGCAGAUGGGAGACGAGCGUUGAGUCAGACCUACUGCGGGUCGGCAGCCUACGCUGCGCCGGAGGUGGUGAGUGGAAUCCCGUACAACCCUAAACUAGCCGACGUCUGGUCCUUGGGCAUCAUUCUGUACAUCAUGCUCAACGCCUCCAUGCCCUUCGACGACUCCAACCUAAAGAAACUUCUCAAGGACCAAAUGACUCGCAACUGGGUCUUCAGGUCCAGAGUGCGUGAGACAACAUCAACAGCGGCCAAGUCGAUAGUGCGGCACAUUUUGGAGCCUGACAUUACUCUACGUUUGACCCUCGACAGAGUCAUCAGUCAUGAAUGGGUGCGAAUGCGCAAGGAGAAGUCUGCAUCAACAGUAUCCCGGCCUCCUCCAGGUCAUCAAACUCUUCCAACUAAUGCUCAUAGCAACGCCAUGGAGUUGGAGACACCAACCAGAUAUGCAACCAUGAAGCCUGAUCUCCACAUCAGCCAGAAGAUUGAAGCAGCUUCUUAGACUCGUAUAACUUAGAGCAAAAUCCUUGAAACUAAGUUGCUGAGUUUCAAGCAAAAAGUCUGAAAGUCUAGGAUGUCUGUUGAAAAGAUCGAAAAUUUCUCCUCUCCUGAGUGACUUUUUUUAGAGAUCAAGCUUUCCAAAUCAGGAUACGAGGCUUGUUUCGGAAAAAAAAUUUGAAAAAUUGUGAUUGUUUGGUUAGUUUUGAUGUUUAAAAAUAAAACUUAGGCAGAAGUUUUAAAAUACCUACGAUAUUUGAUGCGGAUUUACAAAGGGUCUUCUGUUGUCAGCUUUUAUGAUGGGACAUAACUACGGUUUGACUGAACACUGGAGUUGGUUCUAAUAUAUAAUUAAAUCCUUAAAAGCUGACCAAAGCUUUAGUGUAUGUGUAGAUACGGACAUGUAUUUCAUGCUCACCAACCUUUGAAAUGGGUAAGAUUUUUCUGCCUAAUUCGAUUUCACAGUAAAAAAAAAAUCAAGGAAAAUCAUGUAAACUUAAAACAGAGCAGAAACUGAAAGAUGUAUCAAUGUAAAAUUCA